AUGGCCUCCUCCUACCUCCUCCCACACUCACAGCCCAAUGUCCACCCGACCACAGCAUCCCAGCCCAGACAGCACCACUGGAGCCCGUAUACCGAAAACGGCGGCUGUAUCCUCGGUAUCGCGGGUAAAGACUACGUAAUCAUCGCCGGCGACACGCGUUCCUCCGAAGGUUACAGCAUCAACACCCGUACCGCGCGCAAAGUCUAUGAUAUCGGCAGCGGCCUCAUAUUAGGCGUUGUCGGUAUGUCUGCAGAUGGUGAGGAGUUAGUAAGAAAGGUGGCUAGGAAGAUCGAUGAUUACAAACGAAAUCACGAUAAACAUAUCACUGUAGCUGCUGCUGCGGUCAUGUUGUCGCGGAUUUUGUAUCAAAAGCGAUUUUUCCCUUACUACUGUCAACCCCUCCUUGGUGGCCUCGAUGAAGAAGGCGUCGGUGCAAUCUACUCUUACGACUACGUCGGCUCCUUCGAACGCGAACAAUCCCGUGCCUACGGUGCCGCUGCUUCCUUAAUAACCCCUUUCCUCGACAACCAGAUCAACUUCAAGAAUCAAUUCGUACCGGGCUCAAACGGCGAGGAACCCAGGCCCAAGGUCGAUCUAUCGAAGGAGCAAGUUGAGAAAAUCGUGAAGGAUGCAUUCACUAGCGCUGUUGAGAGACAUAUCGAAGUCGGUGACGGUCUACAGCUUGUGACCAUUGUCAAGGGAGUUAGGGCAGAAGGCGAAGAGGAAGAUGAGGAUGAAAGGGAGAAAACAGCCGGUGGCGGUGUUAUCAGUGAAGUCAUGAGCGAUUUGAAGAAGGACUAG